AUGGUCCUUGUUCGCUGCGGUCCGAACCACCUGACGUUCAAUGACUUGGAUCUGAUUCCCGUGGUAUAUCAUCGCCAGAGUGAUAAGACAGACUAUCCCAAAGACUUCACUUGUCCGGGCGCAGCUACCAACAAGGCCGGCUAUCUUGAAUAUGCCGCGGCCAAACGGCAAUUUGGACAGGCAUUUUCGGUAUCGCGGGUCCAGUUAUUCGAGGGUCUAGUGGAUGAAAAUCUUAUCAAAUGGGUUUCCAUUCUCAACGAGGAAACCCACGCAAACCCAGCCAUAGACUGGGGUACCUGGGUCAAAUAUUUCUCGUUUGAUGUUUAUGUGCCCAUGAGUGUGGGGGAGAGCUUCGGCUUCCUAGACCACAAGUCCGAUGUGCGCAAUAUGUUGCAAAGUAGUUAUCGUAUUUUCCGGCACUGGACGCUCAGUCGAUAUCGUCCCAUCGCCUGGUUAGCCGCUCAUACUUCUCUGGGUCGCCGUUUGUUUGUCAGUGGCCGCGAUGACGCCACGGGCAUGGGAAUGUGGACUACCGAAGUGCACGAUAUAACUCAAAAGCGCAUUCAUACUCUCACAGGGGAAGGAAAGCCACGCUAUGAACACUCCAUGUUGGAUCAAUGGCUGGCAGCCAAAUCCGCGGCAGGUGAAGGCAUUCCCCUAUCGGAUAUCGAGGACCAGCUAGUUUCUGAUGUACUCGGUGGUCCUUAUGCACUCGCUACCACGAUUAGCCAUCUAGUGACCACGAUGGCAAGACAUCCCCAGGCCGUUCGGCAAGCCCACCAAGAAAUUGAUAACGCUUACAAUCAGAAGGCUCUCUCAAGCCCAUCGCCUACCUACACAGAAUGCUCUGCUCUCCCUUUUAUUGAUGCAUGUGUCCGGGAGGCCAUGCGCAUUACAGCUACAGCAUCUCCUAGAUGGCGCUGCUCGCCAGACAGAUCACUGCGUAUCUUAGACCGGGAUGUCCCACCAGGCACUGCAGUUGCUACAAGUCCUUUUACCAUCUCUACUCACCCCCAACUCUAUGGUGACAAUGCCGAAGAGUUUGUUCCCGAGCGGUGGCUUGAGGCGUCAGAAGAGCAGCUGCGAGUGUGGUAUGCAUAUGAUGCGCACUGGGGAUUUGGUUAUCGCAAGUGCCCCGGGCGACAUAUAGGGGUUUUGGUCCUAUAUAAGACUCUUGUUACUAUCCUACGCAAUUUCGACAUUAGAGAGGGGACUUCAGGAUCGUCUUCCUUGCUGAUGCUGCCACGAAAGUUUUGA